GGCGCCCGCAGCGCCAUGGCGGGGAACGGCGAGCGCACCUUCAUCGCCAUCAAGCCCGACGGCGUGCAGCGCGGGCUGGUCGGGGAGAUCAUCAAACGGUUCGAGCAGAAGGGGUUCCGACUCGUGGCCAUGAAGUUCGUGCACGCCUCUGAAGACCUUCUCAAACAACAUUACAUUGACCUGAAAGACCGCCCCUUCUUCCCUGGUUUGGUUAAAUACAUGAACUCUGGACCUAUUGUGGCCAUGGUAUGGGAAGGACUCAACGUGGUUAAAACUGGGAGAGUAAUGCUGGGGGAAACCAACCCUGCAGACUCCAAGCCUGGCACCAUCCGUGGUGACUUCUGCAUUCAAGUGGGAAGGAACAUCAUCCACGGCAGUGACUCUGUGGAGAGUGCACAGAAGGAGAUCAACCUGUGGUUCAAACCCAAUGAGCUCAUCGACUUCAAGCCCUGUGCACACGACUGGAUCUAUGAGUGAUGGGUUCCCACAGUGAUUUGUGCCUUCCAACACCUCAUCUCAUUCCAGCUGCUGCCCUGGGAGCAACCACGGUUACUUUAGUCCUGAAAGUGACUGUCAAAUAAAUGGGUGUGAACUAA